AUGGCACGUUUUGGCCAUGCAAGUCGCAGAUGUGGACAGAUUUUUGUGCAGUGGGGUGGUUCCCUGGGUGUGGGCUCAACAGAAGCCACUGCAGGUCAGUUGUUCCAUCCUUUGUGGUUGCGCUUGAACGACCCCAGUCAGAUCACCCGGAACCAGCAGCGUCUCUUUGAGAUGUCCAGUAUCAUGGAUCGAAGAAACAGCUGGGAGGUGACCGAUCUGAAAAACGAACAGGAGCGACUCUCAGUGCAGUGGGGCGAUGGUGCUCAGAGUUACUAUCCUUGGCAUUGGCUUGCAGAGCAUGCAACCGCUGGCGCUGCAGAAGCUGCUGAAGCCAAGCAGCUGAAGCUGGAGGUUCCAAAGCAUCUUUGGAAUCAAAGCUUUCAAAGUACCUUGCCGCGGAUGGAGUAUGAAGCGCUAUUGACCCGCAGCGGCAAGCUUCAGUUGUGCACAUAUUUGGAAAGGUAUGGUUUGGCUUUUGUUAGUGGUUUGGGGGCUGCCGAGGGCACAGUGAAGAAGGUUGGAAACUACAUUGGCCAUGUGAGAGUCACAAACUAUGGUGCCAUCUUUGAUGUCAAAGAUGAUGGUGCCAAGGCAACCAAUCUCGCCUUCACAAAUCAAAAGAUCUCAGCCCACACCGACAACCCUUACCGAGACCCCUUCCCUGGAAUACAAAUGCUACAUUGCCUCAGCUGCGCAGGGGAAGGUGGCGCUACCCUUUUCACCGAUGGUUUUAGUGUGGCCCAAAAGCUCAAAAGCUUGGAUCCCACUGCUUUCCAUUUGCUUUCAAACAUAGAACACCCAUAUGAAUACAGGGAUCCAGAUGCAGCUGUCCUGUUACAAGCAAGCGUGCCCGUUAUCAAGCUUUGCCAGGGUGAAAUCGAAAGGAUCACUUUCAACAACCGAUCUGCAGCACCGAUGGGGCCGGAGAUGCCAGAGCUGGAACGCUACUACGAGGCGUGGGCUUUGUUCGAUCGCAUGGCCAACUCCAUGGAGUUCACAGUCAAAGCGAACUUGAAGCCUGGAGACUUAGCGAUUUGGUCCAACGGCCGCGUGAUGCACGGACGUGAGGGCUACGAACGCGGUGCUCCAAGGCAUUUGCAAGGGGCCUACCUGGAUUAUGAUGAGAUCCAGUCCGCAGUUCGGGAACUGUACGUUGUUGGAAACUUCUUGCCUGGACCCAAUGUCGCUGGCAAAGUGAUCACUCUUCCGGAUUGCCAAGGCGCCGCAGAUUCAGCGCCGCUUUCUUGGAGACAUGUGAUCUCCUUAGGUGGCCUGAAGAUCCGGGCUUGGGAUACAUUGAAGUCAGAGGAGGCCAUCACUGGCAUACUGCAGCCAUCAGAGGCCACAGAAAACCCUUCUGCUUCUGGUGGCGGGUUCGGCGAGGCCAAAGAAGAGUCCAGGGCGGAGCCGCCUGUGGAUGAAGUCUUUGAGGAUGAGCCAGGACGUGGCGGCCCCUACGCACCAGCAGGUUUCGACACCCGGCGCAUGCAGUUUGAGAUCGAUCGACCCUCAGAAAGGGUCAAGACGACCAAAAGGGUCGUGUUUUACUCGGGGAGUGUGACGAUAAUAUGGUACUUGAUGCAUAUUCCGCUGGUGUACUACAUGAUUCACACCUUCGCCCACGAGAAGCAGCACACGAUUGCUGUGAACAACUCGCCAUUCCUGUUGCUGAAUGUGGACGUUAACACCCUGCUAAGCAACUUGACUUUGAUGGUGAGCCUUCUGAAUGAAGAGUGGCUUAAAGUUGUGGACAUGCAGCUCCAUAAGGCUUGCACACGAGCUUGCACCUGGUUGGAUGCCAUGGACUGCUUUCAGCCCACCGCGAACAUCCUGCCAACCAGCAGCACCACUCUUGAAAUGGUUACCUUUGGCUCCUUCAAUGUUGGGGGUUUGUCUGCAGCAGGCAGUGUCAGUCAAGAUGUAUGGGCUCUAUUGAAUCCGCUGAUGGGUGUGCUUCCUGUAGACAUCACGUAUUUCUUUGAGUUGACUGAGUCGGUUCCUUGGUUCUUUGGGCAAGACCCAGCAUUGGCAGAGCGGAAGACCAAUCUCGAUGCGCAUACCAUUUUGGUGAAUCAGAACAAUCAUGUGAUGCGUUCCUUCCCACCCGGGCGCAUUUCAGUGACACCCCAAGAGCUUUUGGCCUUGGCUGGCUGGGAGUGGAAUCUAAAGACCUUACUCAAUGGUGGUGAGUUUGGAGCGGUCGUCAAUUGCUACAAUGACAACCACGAUUUGCCUCCACUCGUUUGGGCCAACUUCGAAGUGGUAUACCCAGAAACGAGACUAGCACUGUGCUUACUCACAGUAGAGGAGCGUCGUGAUGCCUCAGUCGUCAAAGUGGCAGAUCCUUUCAUCGGCUCGACUUUUAUCAAUGCCCAUGUGCGCAUUGACGCAUAUCGAGGGAAUAGCUUUUUCCGGCUAGCGUCUUUGGCCCAACUGGUUGUGACCCUGAUUUCAUUCUUGGUUCUCCUGAAUUUGUCUACCAACGUGGCCGUUUUUUUUGCCACCUACUGUUUGGGUCCUUUGUCCAAAAUCUUCCGAAGAGCACAUACCGAGAGCUUCUACAUCAUAUACAAAAUCCCUUCGCUGGGCCUUGCUUUGGCCGCCGACUUCUUGACCUUGUCCAAGCUCCAAGAUGCAGCCGGAGUUAGCUCUUUCCGCUCCGCUUUGAGCCACGAGAUGCAACGGAUCCUGCAGACAUUAGCACCCCACAAGCCGGAGAUCGCCCCGGAUUUCGCAAACCAUAUCUUCCAGAAGGUCUGUGACACUAACCAUGCUGUGAUGAGCCACUUGGGCAAGGAAGGCCAGGCCGAGCAGGUUUGUGCAUACUUCGAUCUCCAUCGCAAACGUCACUUCUUGGAGUGGACAGUCCUCCCGGCUCAGCACCGUAGCAGCCUGCGAAGCCGAAUCUCACGUGCCAGCUCCAUGGCUUUGAUGGAGGAGGACCUGCGCCUGCCCCAGCCCGGAACAGUGACGUCAAACAUUCGUGAGGUGAAAGCAGAAGUGGACGCGCUGGCAGCAGAGAGUCAAGAUGAGAAAGAUGAGUGGAUAGAGAAGCAGCGGGAAAAGAUUCAGACCUUGCUGGAACAGCUGCAGAACGUUCAAGACCGCCUCCGAGCAAGAGAUGCAGCCAGCAAGUCUUACGAGAAAGAUGUGACGAGGCUGCUGAGGAAGAAGGACUCUUUGCAACGGAGGUGCAAGCAGGUCGAGAAGCAAAGGUCCAAGCUCGUAGAGGAGAUUUGGGCAUGGCGGCAGAGAGCUAUCUAUGACCCGAACUCCACGGACACGCCACCUCCGACCUUUGCUACAUCUUCGUUCCCAUUAUCCAUUUGA